GCUGGGGGGAGGCGCCUGGGUCCGCCCUCCGCGGGGCCCAGCCGGGAGGGGGCCCGGCCGGCGUGGGGCGGGGAGAGCCGCCUGGCCCCUCCCCUCCGCUGCCCUCCCCAAAGUUGCCGUCUCCCCCGAGGCCGGACGGUCUUAUGAUCCGGCGGAUCCUCCUGGGGAGGCCGGGCCGGGGAGAGGGCGCGGGCGCCGAGCGGCGGGGGCACCGGACGGGCACAGCUACCGGGGCCGGAGCGGGGAUCCGGGCAGCGACCGAGGCGGCGGCAGCGCCCCGGGCCCGCCGCCUCCUCCCCUCCGGCGAGGGGAGCCGCUGCAUGGGGCCGGGGGGACGGCCCUGCUGCGCGGAGCGGCGGCGACAGCGGCGGACCCCCCAGGCGGGCUGGGGCUGAGCCCGGGGCCGGGGCGGGGGCCCCGGGGGGACCAUGCCCGGAGGCCGGCCGGCCGCAGCAUGGCUCACGGGCCCGGCGCUCUGAUGCUCAAGUGCGUGGUGGUCGGCGACGGGGCGGUGGGCAAGACGUGCCUACUCAUGAGCUAUGCCAACGACGCCUUCCCGGAGGAGUACGUGCCCACCGUCUUCGACCACUACGCAGUCAGCGUCACCGUGGGGGGCAAGCAGUACCUCCUGGGACUCUAUGACACGGCCGGACAGGAAGACUAUGACCGUCUGAGGCCUUUAUCUUACCCAAUGACCGACGUCUUCCUUAUCUGCUUCUCUGUGGUAAAUCCAGCCUCAUUUCAAAAUGUUAAAGAGGAGUGGGUACCAGAGCUUAAGGAAUACGCACCAAAUGUACCCUUUUUAUUAAUAGGAACUCAGAUUGAUCUCCGAGAUGACCCCAAAACUUUAGCAAGACUGAAUGAUAUGAAAGAAAAACCUAUAUGUGUGGAACAAGGACAGAAACUAGCAAAAGAGGAGCAUGCUGCUAUGUGGAAUGUUCAGCUUUAACCCAGAAGGGAUUGAAGACUGUUUUUGAUGAGGCUAUCAUAGCCAUUUUAACUCCAAAGAAACACACAGUAAAAAAAAGAAUAGGAUCAAGAUGUAUAAACUGUUGUCUGAUUACGUGAGAAACAUCUUCGGUGGCCAAGAAAACUGUCUAUUUCUCUCAGAAGGCAUAUGAAAUGCUACAGCUAUACCCAGACCUCUUAUACAUAAUGAAGCAGUUUAAAACUUGAAAACAAAACAAAACAAAACAAAAAAAAAGUGUCCUCGGAAUUCUAUAAAGUUCAUUAAGAAUGUUUCUUAAAGGUCUAAGAAGCAGUAAACAGCAUCUGAAGCCACAACCUAUUAUAAAUACUUUAUUUCAACUAGAAGGUACAAUCUCUCAGGGGUUUCAUAGUUUAAAAAGCUACAAUCACAUCACGUAACCACAUAAAAAACAGUGCUGUAAAUGGAACUGCUUGCCUUUGACCAUAUACAUUUCUGCACAGCCCAUAUGGAAUCUGCACAGAGAAAUAUCUUCUCCCUUUGCUCUGAUUAAUUGUUCUUGUACGUGAGUUGCUUUCUAUUCCAGUAUAUCCACAGUGGUGAAAUAAGAAGGCCAGCCACGUAGCCAAAGGUUGCUCCAAGUGUACAGGAGAUGGGCCAUACCUGAGGAGAGAAUGUAUGAGAUCAAAAAAGAACAAAUGUUUUAUUAUUACUUGAGCACAAGUUAAGUGUGUAACCUAAAUAUUUCUAUAUUAAAGCUUAAUGUGCUUUCUUAAAGAAUGCCAAAGUGUAAUAAGAUCAUAACUGCAUUUAUCGUGAACACUAAAAAGUGUACACUUUUAGUUAAUGUAAAAUUAAAUUGUAACAAGGCUUCUGGCGAUUGUAGAUUUAGUUUGAUGCUCCCCAAAGUGCACGAGAUACAUGCUAAAGUUACAAAUUAAAAUUUUGGGUUAGAUUUUGCCAUAAUCCUGGAUUCAAUUUAGCUUUCUGAACUAGCUCGUAAUUCUUUUUUAAUUCCUACUUUGGCUGUGUACAUCAAAUGAAAUUAGAAGUGUGUAUGCUGACCGAACCACAAGAAACCUUCUUUAAGUUGUGUUAAAGAGGAAAGACUUAGAAUCCAAGCAUGUUAUGUGGAAUUUAAAACAGAGCAGCUGCUUCCACCUUUCAAAUACAGAUGUUGGAACCAUGGCAGAAGUUCUAGAACUACAACUUAUGUACACACCUAGAGUGCAAGUUAAAUAAAAUACUGGCUUCCAGAUAACCAAUUUUUUCCUUACAUUUCAAGAUUUUACAUCAAGCAAGAAAUAAUGAUUUAUUUCACCCAUAAGCAAUGUAUGCUGGUCCCUAGUUGUAGGACUCAGCUUAAAUAAAAAAAAAAAAAAAAAAACAGUUGGGUGACAAACUUUCACAUUAAUCUGUGGAUCUUAUCUGGUAUUCUGGAGCCAUUUCUAAUCUUUGUCUGGGGGAAUAGGCCAAAGAACUGUGUUAGAGGUGAACCACCUUAAUUACUAGUUCUCUUACCUAAUUCAGCUUCUUUGUUUGGUCUGCUGUGGAUCUGCCAUAUUCCAAACACCAUGCAACAGACAAUAGUGUUAGACAAAACUUCAGUGUGAACAAACUAAUGCAGUUGAGAAAAGGAUAAUCUAAUCCAUAAUUUUUUUCCUAGCCUUCCCUACGUUUAAACUUGCUGUUGCCUAAAUUAUGAUUACUCUGCGUCAGUGUUGGCCUCUGUUAAUUUUCAUGACUUGGGCUUAUAGCUUUGUCUACUGCACAGACUGGGUAAUGGAACACUAAACUUUUAUACUUGAAAAUGACAGCCUUAAAUGCUCAUAUCAGUCACAAAUCUAGGAUUGUACUGUCUUGUUGUAAGCUUUGUAGAGAUUUUUUAAAAAUGUAAGCAUUUUCAAUCUUUUCCAUUGAAGAGUGGAGUCAGUGGAUAACUAUUCAGAAGCUUUCUCUCUGAAUCGGACAUUGGAUGUCUUUAUCCCAAGAAAUGGUGGUUCACAUUAAGUAUCAUGGCCUUAUGUAUGCUCAAAUAGAAUCUUAUGUAACUUAUUUAAUUUUGGUCUGUUAUUUUUGGGUAGAAUUUAAAGGAAUUGUAUAAAUCAACUAACAUGGUAAAAAGGAAUUAAGACAGUAAAGUAUUAUACAUUUCUAACUUGC